AUGGUAAGUGCUAUUCAAGUUUCAGGGAGAAUUCUUGCACCUGCUAAGAGUUCUUGGAAUGGAGCGAAAGAUUGUUGGAUUGAAUUCAGUGAAGUAAAUGGUCUGGUGAUUACCGGGUCUGGGUUAGGUGUAAUUGAUGGUCAAGGUUCAGAUUGGUGGGGGCAGGGGGCUGGCUGCGAUAGACCAACGGCACUAAAAAUGAAUGGAUGCAACGGACUUCAUAUAGAAGGGCUGACUCAUUUCAAUAGCCAGAAAAAUCACAUCACUUUAACUGAUUGUGGAAACGUAACUAUCUCUGGUAUCACCAUAGAAGCUCCCGAGGACAGUCCUAAUGCUGAUGGUAUCGACAUUAGCCAUUCAACAAAUGUUCGGAUCGAACAUUUUAACAUUGGAACUGGUGAUGAUUGUGUGGCAAUCAAUGGCGGAUGCUCUGAUAUCACUAUCACUAAUGUCGUAUGUGGCCCUGGACACGGCAUAAGCGUUGGAAGUUUAGCAGCCAGUGAAGCUACUGAAAAAGUUGAAAGUGUGCGUGUCCAGAAUUGUAAUUUUACUGAUACUCUUAACGGAGUGAGGAUCAAAACAUGGCAGCCGUCUGCCGUUAAAAUUAGCGAUGUAACGUUUAAUGGAAUUCGAGGAUCUUUGACAAAUACCGUAGUUAUAAAUUUGAACUGUUGUAAAACUGUUGCUUGCACGAACAUCACAAUGAACCAAAUUAGUAUAGAGACGAUAAAAUCUAAAGCCAGUGCCUCUUCUUACUGCAUGAACGCUCUAGGAAAGGAGAACGAUACGUCUCCAAAUGUUCCCUGUCUACAGUGA